ACAGUUCCCUGCUGCGUGCCUUCUGGGAACGGUGAAGUAAAACCCUCAGUCUGAGUCUGAGAAAUCCUGGCAUUUGUAGCCCAGGUCUGCGAGGAAAUCACAGGGCGGUAGCGAGGCUCUGGGACCCGAGAAGGGAUAGGACGUCGUGCACCCCUCGCGCGCGCACCUGUCGGGACCGGUCGCCUCCUCCCGCCUACCUGCCCUCCCUCCUUCGCCCCGAAUUUCACCUUAAACCGUGAUGAACCAAGCCCAGUGGAUUCUGAAGCCCGGGACGAUGGCAGUCCCAGGAUCUCAGGGUAUUGUUGGAACUCAUCUCCACCUCACACAGCCAGACCAGCCUCGGGUGCCUCCCAGAAAAGACCGCUCCUCAGGCCGUGGGACGGUUCCCAAGCCUGCCAAAAAUGAGGUGGAGGCCAAAACUGGCCUCUGGAUGGUUCGAGUUUUGGAUGACUGACAGUCCCAGAUCUGCUCCAGGUUCCUUCCUCAGGAAAAGCCAAGACAUCAGCUUGGCUGUGCGGAAGAUCGCUCUGCUACUGAAGCCCGACAAGGAGAUUGACCACCAGGGCAACCACAUGACGGUGAGGACGCUCAGCACCUUCCGAAACUACACUGUGCAGUUCGAUGUGGGAGUGGAGUUUGAGGAGGACCUCAGGAGCGUGGACGGACGGAAAUGCCAGACCAUAGUAACCUGGGAGGAGGAGCAGCUGGUGUGUGUGCAGAAAGGGGAAGUCCCUAACCGGGGCUGGAGACACUGGCUGGAGGGAGAGAUGCUGUAUCUGGAACUGACUGCAAGGGAUGCAGUGUGCGAGCAGGUCUUCAGGAAGGUCAGAUAGCCAGAGAGGAACUGAGGCCCCUCCAGACAGCACCAGCCCACAGACCCUCCUGCCGUGCCCCCUUCAAGCCCAGAUUGUGCCAGGUCAGCUGUCCCUGCCUCUGGCCACCUACCCUCCCUCUGGGUCCCUCCUCACCCCUCCCCGUGUUAAUUUGUAACUUGUAGCCCCCAGGCCAAAGUCCUUUCUCACACACCACUGCCCAAUAGUGACCUCACUUCCAGGUCAAGGUCUGGCCUCCCAGAUGAAAGAAGCAGGCAAAGGGAAGGAGCCCCUGAGAACAACCAAUGUCCCCUCCCUCCUGUCCAUUUGACCUCUUCUUUUCCUUCUAAGAAAGAACUAAGCUAUGGGCAUUUGGCGAUUAGUGAAAAUUCUAUCCUGAUGGACUUCUGGAAAACUGUGACUGGGGUUCAAGAGUUUAAACAGGGGCUACCGGCAGAG